CCAUUGGCCACAGGAUACUAUUACAAGCACUCUGCACUCUAUGGCUGCUUACAAAGAUCUUGCUUGUGGAAAUAAAGAAACCUCUUGGAGAGAAGCUAAACCAUACAUGUUGUGAAGCAUUUUAUAGAGACAUACUGGAUUAGAACGGAAGGGAUUUACAUCAGGGAGGUUUAGCUGUCUUAACUGGAUUAAACACCAAACUGAAGCUGUGAACCAUCUGCCUGGGGAGAAUAGGGUUAACCAAGUGGAGAGUGACACGGCUGGCUGGCCAACACACUUGUACAGUAAACUACAGACUUGCUGUGAUUUGCGAUAUGUUCUCUGCAUCAUUGUGAAACAUUGGAGUUAUUACAUCUACUGCUCCUAACAUGUACAAUCUCAGCGGAGUGUGAUGCUACCUUAGUGUUGUCAUGGAGACCCAGACCGCUGAGCGUAUGAUCAAGAAAGAAAAGGAUUAUAUGGAUCCCAAGGAGACAACCAUUAUACCAAAUGAAAAUGAUCUUGGAUUAAAGGCAAGACGGAAUAUGAGUCGGCCACCGACGUCAAGUCUAGAACGUGUGGAUGAGGAGCCAAGUACGACAAAUGAUAAAAAUACUGAGAUGAUUGACAGAGGGUGUGGGCCGACCCCUGCCCCACCCCCAGCUUCUGAGCCAAGGGUCCCUCCCUACUAUGGUAUGCCAACAUAUCUUGACCCAAGGGUGGACCCACAUUAUCCUUAUCCCUAUGCAUAUUCUCCACACUUGGCUUAUCCGCCAUUGGGGAUCAACCCACCAAUGCCCAUAAAUGCUCACACCCAUGAUGGAAGAUACCACUGGCCACCUGUAUCUCCUCUCAACCACCCUAGUCACCAAUUAAGUUCUGGAAGUCCAGUCUCUGAUAUAUCUCUAAUAAGUAUGCGAAGUCCAAAUGCUGCCCAUGAGUCAGUCACGCAACUUGCCCACAGGAUCAGGCUUGAACAAAUGCAGAGGCUAUAUCAGAGCCCCCUGGCGGCACAUAGGGGAUACUCACCCGCCAGCCUUUCAGGGCUUAGGGAGAUGCUACCACCUGCAACUAUACCAGAAGAUAGGGCAGUUAGUCAGCGCAGCAUGUUCACAGAUAUACCCCCAACACCAGGUAGUGGCAGCAUCACCCUACCAGGAUCAAUAGAAAGUUCAAGAUUGACAAGUCCCAGGCCUUCCAUAAUUGGCAAGAGUAGAAAGAGGGCGCUAUCGCAUUCCCCAAUAUCUGACUACCUUGACAUCCAGAGUUUGACGCGAAGUUCAGAGGGCUCGUUGCAAUUGACGCCUCUCAUGCAUCAUUCCAGGAGUUCCUCUGCAGCAAGCGGAUCAUAUGGACAUCUCUCUGCAGCAUCAUUUGGAGCAGCCAGUCCUGCUGUAAACCCAUACUUGAAACCUGGGAGUAUCCCCCCAUCAUCCCCAUUCUUUCCUAUGAUGCACCCAAUGUUGAUGAGGCAAAUGCCAGGGGGCAACGCCCUACCACACCCUGCCAUGAUGGGAGCCACUAAGCCAGACUCGCAGGCACAGGCACCUAACUACCCCCACAAAGACCCUGGUAGUGCUAUAGUGAGCAGUAGCACUGCAGAGCACAUAGAUCCAAGGAAGUUCAAGGUCAAACGAGAACCUGGAGUUAAUCAUAUAAAACAAGAAAUGAAGCCUGAUAUUAAACCAGAGAGGCCCCCUGUAGAAGGAGAGCCUGAUUUUGUAGAAACCAACUGUCACUGGGUGGAUUGUAAUGUAGAGUUCAAGACACAAGAGGAGCUUGUUAGACACAUCAACCAGGACCACAUAGCCUCCAAUAAGAAGGCGUUUAUAUGUAGAUGGGGAGACUGUUCAAGGGAGGAGAAGCCAUUCAAGGCUCAGUACAUGUUAGUUGUCCACAUGAGACGUCAUACUGGUGAAAAGCCACACAGGUGUACAUUUGAAGGCUGCUACAAAGCAUACUCCAGACUGGAGAACUUGAAGACUCAUUUAAGGUCCCAUACUGGAGAGAAACCAUACAUGUGUGAGUUCCCUGGCUGCACGAAGGCAUUCAGUAAUGCCUCAGAUAGAGCCAAGCAUCAAAACAGGACACAUUCUAAUGCUAAACCAUACAUAUGCAAGGCUCCAGGAUGCACCAAGCGUUACACAGAUCCUAGUUCACUGAGAAAACAUGUCAAGACUGUACAUGGACCUGACUUUUAUGCCAACAAAAAACACAAAGGAGGGGAAAACAGUCCUGGAAAUAAUAAUGAUCAGGAUGACAACAAAGAUGACAAAGACAAAAAGAUGGAGGAAUGUUUGACUGUCACACAGCUACAGGGCUCUACAGUGACAGAUAGGAGGAAAUCUCAGGACAAUACAGGGUCAGUGACAACUAAGCAGGAAUCCUACUCCAAUCACAGUAGUCCACUGAAUGUGUGUCAACAGAACUCUCCUGGAGUGGAGGGAGAUUUCAAGGAACAUGUGACAAGUGGCUCAAACAUGAACACGGGAACAUCUGCUGUUAUUGAGGAAGAAGAUGAGGAAGAAGAAAUCAUAACUGAGUUGCCAGCCACUACAGUUCAACGGGGUCCCAGUGUAGGAGUGGCUGCUAUGAACAGGAACAAUCUGAUGCAGAAUAGGCUGAAGGGACGACUACAGGCCAAGACUAAUGCCCUACCUUCUUUACCUAAUAUGCCAGUGAAUAACAACAGACGAGGCAAUGUACCCUUGAGUAUGACAGAACUGAGCAACAAGGUCAGCCAAAUGAAACAGUCCAGUCCAAGGCAGACUAGAGAGCUACCAGGUAUAAUGACCCAGGAUGGUACCUACCAGGGCAACAGACGUGACAGCAACACAAGCACAAUCAGUUCAUACAUGAGCAGUGUACGCUCUGAUGCAAGUCCUUUCCUCUACAACAGUCAGUUCUCUAGCAGGCGAUCAAGUAAUGCCUCCCAGCAGGGCCGCCUCAGUAUCACCAACUCACCUUACGAGUAUGACAUCACAGGCAAUGCACCCAUGAAUAGUCGGAAUAGUCGGGAUAUCAGCCUACUUGGAACUCAGUUGCAGAAUACUCAGCUGGGUAGCAACCCGAAUCUUGUUCUCCAGCAACAACAGCAGCAGUUGAGUCCAAACAACAGGUUGACGGGUAAUGAGAGAGUCGCCCAGAUGGCUCAAUUCAGGGUUGAGAAUCGUGGUUGGCGGACAAGUACCCCAUGCCGCACACCUCUCCCUCAUGAGAUCCCUAAUCGCGAGCUGAGGAGAGCUAGUGACCCAGUAAGGUGCUUAGAUCCUAACUUUGGCCCUGGGAAAAUCCAGAAGUUCCACAGUUUGAAUGCCGUGAAGCCUCUGCCAACACCUCAGAACAUGAGGAGCUUACAACCCCUCCCACCAUUGCAGCCUAAGAAUGAGCAAGGCAGCACAGACAACCUGCGCUCCUCACAAAGUAGUAUCGCGACCAACUACAGCUGUGGCUAUGAGGAGUUCUUUGGUGAUGGUGCCAACAUGGAAGAAGUUGAGCAAUCUCUUGAUGAGAAAAUGAUGGCUGAUUCUGAUGAUCUUCUAAUCCCAGAUGAUAUGAGACGGUUUCUUACAGAGCGUUACAACCAGGCAAUUCAGCGCCAACAAAUGCAGGAUUGCGGCAUUGCAGAAUCAAGACCAAGCACUGCUUGUACCACAAGGCCUAAUACAGCCCUUGAAAUGCAACCAAUGAACCAGCUGUCCCCACAACAACCAAUCAACAGCAACCAGCUGUCACCACAGGCACCUGCUGCUUGUAACCAACAACUGUCUCCAUGCAGUGUAAAUAAUGUACAGGCAAAUAACAUGCAGCAAAAUAACAUGCAGCCAAAUCAGCAGCAGUUUAACAACCAGAUGAACCUCAACCAGUCUCAGAUGCAGCAGAACUACAUGCAUCAGCAACAACAACAGGGGUAUAACCAACAACAGCAGGGGAUGGCCAUGUCUCAACAACAGCAACAUUAUAAUGCCCCUGCUCCCAUGACACAGGAAAACCUCCAGUAUUUUACGCAGAUGCAGGGUGCCAAUGUUGGGCCAAAUAUGAAUCCUAUGCCUCCACCCUCCCAGCCUCUUAUGGCUAGCCCCCAGGUGAAACAUCGUGAAUCCCCACAGGUACAGGUUCCACAGAUAAGUCAAUCAAAAAUUCCACCAGGGGCAAAGACAGCUAACAGGAACAUUAAGGCUAAUCAGAAUAUGGGCAACCUUCAGCAGGGCUAUUAUAAUAAUGUUCAGAACAAUGGCCAGUUCAUGCAACCUCACCCCCCUAACUGUCCCCAACCCAUGCCUCCCAAUGCCCAACAUGGCCCACACAUGAACCACCUGAACAAUGGACAACAGAUGUCCCCAGGGUGCAACCAAGUCACCAGCACCAGUGAUCGGGGACACCAAAUGAAACCCCAGCCUCCAUCAAUCAAUCAUGACCCAAAUCAUAUGAACAAUAACAUGCAGGGUCAUCAAAUGAUGCCACCUCCACCACCACCCGUACAUCAACAAACACCUGUUAUGCCAGAGUCAUAUGGCCCAGGUGAUCUUACUAUGGAGAACCUAUGCGCUAUAUCUGCGGACAAUUUCAUGGAUAACAUCAGUUCAAUAUCGACUGAGAAUCUCACUACAACAAUUAUGAGCCCUACAUCUCUUGUGAAUCGCUCUGCUUCUCAAAGUUCCUCUCGGUUUGGUGGUGGAGCCGGGACAGGACAACUGGACACUUCAAAUAUGGUGGUGAAUGAUAUGAGUUCUAUGCUUACUACUUUAGCAGAGGAAAAUCAGUACCUCAGUAUACGAAGGUGAUGACAUAUACAGAACACAAUCGGGAUUGAAAGAAACAGAUAUCCAAAUUGAAAAGCAAUGCAAGACUUAAUGGUUUCAAAAUGAGGGACAUAUGUAAAAUCUAAAGAAACGAAAUGACUGAGUCUUUACCGGAUUUUGCAACAAAAUGGAAAGGGUGAUACAUGUGAUACACCACCAGAAAGCUAAUGAGUUCAAAGACCAGGAAGUAUUCAAUCUGUGUGAUCCCACCCCAUAAAGCAAAUAUGAUGACAAUGCUGAGUGCAUCAAGCAAUGUAUAUUUCUAAGCAAUGGACCAAGUGCAACUUAAAACGUGUGUUCGUAUAUUAGGAUCUCAACUGUACAGAUCUCAUGUGUGUAUGAGAACCAAAGACAAUGGAGAUGAAGAGUGGAGAACAGUCUCAUUUGAGGCUAUUGAGAUUACAAUGGUAUGUUUAUGAAGUACAUGUACAUAUUGCAAGUAUUAUGUGACAAUUACUUCUUAUGUACAUGGAAGUAGAUAUGUAACAACAUAAUACAGAAUCUCAAUUAAGGAGGAUACAAUACUCAACAAACCAUUUGAGAUUAGUUCAAAUGUAUGAACAAAUACUGCAUAAUUAUGAAGUGUAAUACAUGUACAUGUUAAGUACAUGUUUGUUGACUUUUAUACAUCAAUUUACAUCAAGUAAUAAAGGCAGAACAUUAGAUCUUGGAAGCUGAAACCUUACCUUUGACCCCUAUCAAAAUAUUUCUUCUGGAUCAAAUUAUUCAUUGCACAAAAUAUUGUAUUGUUUGCUUACCUUAACAGUGUUAAAUAUCCAAUGGUAAAAAUUCACUCAAAAAGGCAGCCCUGAACUACUUUUGAAUUGAUUAGGUUAUGGUCUGACUCCAAGAACCUAAUGAUGUCUGCUUGAGAAGUACAU